AUGCUAAACUGUCUUUCAGGGAUGUUUUUGUGUGUGACUUUCCUGAUUCUCUUUAUGGAAUCUCAAUCAGAGGAUCUAAAGGUGUUUGGUCCAGAUGCUCCUCUUGUCGCUGACGCUGGUAAAGACCUGAUUUUGCCAUGUUUUAUCAAACCCAGUACCAGUGCUGUGGACAUGACAGUGCAGUGGAGGAAACUAGAUAAGAACUCAUUAGUGCAUCUCUAUAAUAAUCAUGAAGACAGAAAUGAAGAUCAGGCUCAGUCCUACAGAGGAAGAACAUCACUGUUCAUAGAGGAGCUACAGAAAGGCAACGCUUCACUCAAACUCUCAGCUCUCAGAGUCUCUGAUGAAGGACAAUAUCACUGUCACAUUGGGAAUGAAUCCUGGGUGGAUGAGACCACUUUUUAUGUCUGGGUUAAGGCUCAGGGUAGCCAACCAGUGAUCAUGAUAGAGAAUUACGAUAACUCAGGAGGGAUUAAUCUAGUGUGUGAGUCCAGAGGCUGGAACCCUGCACCUGAUGUUCUGUGGCUGGACAGUAAAGGAGCCCGUCUGCCUGCUGAAGAGACACAGAUACACAGAGAGACUGAGGGCUUCAGUGGGAAAUGCCGCAUCACUGUUCAUGAUUAUAGCAGCUCUAACAAAUUUUACUGCAGAUUUCUAGAAAAACAUCACAUGAUGGAAGCAGAGAUUAUCAUUGAUAGUAAAGUCUUUAAUGCUUGGAAGUGGGCUGUCGGCAUGUCAGUUCCAGCAUGUAUAACUGCUGUGGGAUUGAUAAUAACUGCAGCUGUUUUUUACAAGAAAGAGAAAAAAAAGACGAAAGUGCUUCGUGAACUAGCUGUUAAGCAUCAGCUUUCAAAGAUGAAGAAGUCUGCAGUGGAUGUGACUCUGGAUCCUGAUACAGCAAAUCCAUUUCUCAUCCUGUCUGCUGAUGGAAAAGAAGUGAAAAAAGUAGACGAGGAAGAGGAUCUCCCUGAUACACCACAGAGGUUUACUAAAGAACGCUGUGUUGUUGGAAAGCAGAGUUUCUCCUCAGGGAGAUUUUAUUAUGAGGUUCAGGUCAGCGGGAAAACUGAUUGGAUAUUAGGCAUCGUGAGAGAGAACAUUAACAGGAAGUGGUGGAUUAUUACACCGAGACCUCAGGAUGGAUUCUGGACUGUGAGACUGUUGGGUGGGAAUCGUUAUGAAGCUCUUGCUGAUCCCUCUGUCCCCCUCACACUGAGAGAGAAGGUGGAGAAGGUGGGGGUGUUUGUGGAUUAUGAGGAGGGUCUGGUCUCCUUUUAUGAUGUGAACUCCAGAUCUCAUAUCUACUCUUUCACUGGUCAGACUUUCAAUGAGAAACUCUAUCCAUACUUCUGUCCUUGUGAUAAUGAUGGAGGUAAAAAUGCAGCUCCACUGAUCAUCUCUCCUGUGUGUAACACUGAGUGA